CUUUUUUUUUUUUAUUAUAUUUUUUCUCCUUAGCUAUAACGUCACUGAUUCAUUCUCAGCUGAGCUUAGCCCAUUCUUCUCCCAAAACAUUUAUCAGAGCAAACCCCUCUCAAUUUCAUGGAACGUCCCUCCGGCGAUGCUAAACCAAGCCCCGUCUGUCAUGUGGUUGCCAUGCCUUUUCCAGGCCGAGGGCACAUCAAUCCCAUGAUGAACCUCUGCAAGUUACUCUCUUCAAAUCAACCUAACCUUCUCAUCAGCUUCGUCGUCACCGAAGAGUGGCUUGGCUAUAUCGGCUCCGAUACCAAGCCCGAUAACAUCCGCUUCACCUCGAUCCCCGACGGCGUCGUCCCCCCAGAGCGUCUAAAGGCUGCCGACUUCCCCGGAUUCUACGAGGCCACGAUGACAAAGAUGGAAGCCCCCUUUGAGGAGCUCCUUGAUCGGCUUGAGCCACCGGUUGAUACCAUCUUGGGUGACGUUGAGUUACUAUGGGUGAUCGGUGUUGGAAAUCGAAGGAACAUCGCAGUGGCGUCGCUUUGGACCAUGCCAGCGACCUUUUUCUCAAUGUUACAUCAUUACCAUGUUUUCGUACGAAACCGGCAAUUACCGGUUGAUUUUAUGGAACUUAGAGACGAGCAUAUGGACAUCCCCGGACUUUCUUCAACACAAGCAGCAGACCUUCGGACAGUCUUUCAUGGAAACGACCAACGAGUACUGCAGCUUGCCAUGGAAUGCAUCUCCAGGAUAUCGAAAGCACAGUACCUUCUAUUUACUUCUGUCUACGAUCUUGAACCCCAAGCCAUUGACUCUUUAAAUGCAGCAUUCAAUUUCCCUGUCUACCCCAUUGGCCCUGCCAUACCGUACUUAGAAUUUGAAGAUAAAUCCUCCAUUACUAGCAGUCACAAUGACCCCAAGUAUUUACAGUGGCUGGAUUCCCAACCUUCUGGUUCAGUCUUGUACAUCUCAUUGGGAAGUUUCCUUUCGGUUUCAGGCGCCCAAAUGGAUGAAAUUGCUGCAGGGCUGCAUGAUAGUAAUGUUCAGUUUUUGUGGGUGGCUCGUGGAGAAGCUUCUCGGUUGAACGGGAGUUGUGGUGACAAGGGGUUAGUAGUGCCAUGGUGUGACCAAAUGAAGGUGUUAUGCCAUUCUUCCAUUGGAGGUUUCUGGACACAUUGUGGGUGGAAUUCUAUUCUAGAAGCUGUUUAUGCAGGCGUACCAAUGCUUACUUUCCCUCUGUUUUUAGAUCAAGUUCCGAAUAGUAGGCUAAUUGUAGAAGACUGGAAGAUUGGGUGGAGGGUAAAGAGAUCAGAGGUGGGAAGUGAAAUUCUGGUGACCAGACAAGAAAUAUCAGAACUUAUGCAAAGGUUUGUGAGUCCUGAAAGUGGAGAGGGGAAAGAAUUGAGGGCAAGGGCAAGAGAACUAAAAGAUAUUUGUCACAAAGCCAUUAUAGAAGGCGGAUCUUCUCGUACAAACCUUGACUCAUUUAUGAAGAGCAUUUCUCAAAGCCACGAGUAUUCUGUUGCGUUGUCUCAGCAGUCAGCAUUUGAUUGGUUUUUUGAUUUACUUCGUCUCUUUGAAUCGGUUGGUAUGGUAUCCUUAUUUUGUAGAAAAAAUUACAUAACUUCGUACUAUUCACACAAUCUUCACACACUACACUUUUUUAAAUUUUUAUUAUUUUUUCUUUUAUCAAAUAUUUAAUAUAUGAAUAAUGAAUAGAAAAAAUUAAUUAGUUUUAAGAUGAAUAAAUUUAAAAAAAAUUCAAAAAUCUAAAAAUUUUAAAAAAAUAUAUAAUAUGCAGAGGUUGGAAAGGUUGAAUACGAUAUUUAUAAUAAGUUUUGCAUAUUUUUUUAUAAAAAAAUAGAUAAAUUUAAUAUUCACAUAAAAAAUUAUUUUUUAAUAAUAAAUCUAUUUUAAUUAAAUGAGGUUUACGAGACUUAAACAUUCUAUAAUUAUAUUUCCUCGUUCAAAUCCUUAGAUCUGGAAAGGGUUGCAUGAAGGACAAUUUCGUCCAAUAAAAAAAAAAAAUCUCUUUUUAGCUGGAGAGCUGAUGACCAGAACAACGCCGAAUUUAAAAACAAGACAAAAUAAGACCCAAAUCCCUAAUUGUUUGGAACCCUAAUUACUCGAAGUCAAAACUUCAUCCAAAGCGACAACCACAAUCUCGACCUGUUAUAACAUCAGGGCUCAUCGUAAUUUGGAAACCUCAGGCUGCUCCAUCUCUCCCGCAAUAGAGCUUUACGUGAGUGACAGCAAAACCCAUCAAUUUGGAGUUCAAUCCAAAAUCCUAAUUUUCCCAAGCAUUCUAAAAUCAACUCAGCCGAAAAAUACAGCCCACCUAAAAAAAAUUCAAAUCUUACCAAAUAAUAUACAUACCCAUUGCUCCCCCCGUCUCAAUUCCGCCGCUGUUUCGCUUCUAAAACCCAAUCUCCAUGGCCUCAGAUGCCACGCCUAAGUUCCAAAACCCGGACUUUCGGCCUGUCCCACAGACCCCAG